AUGCCUUCGACGUCGACACGGCCACGAAAGGCUCGCUCUACUACGGCCGACAGUAAAACGGAAUCCGGCUCCAUAACCUCUUCACCCAGGCAGAAAGACUCGGGCACCCCGCAGAACAUUCUCCUCUUCCUAAUUGCGUUUCGCGCAUUAAACGCACUUUGCGUCAGGACCUUUUUCCAACCAGACGAAUUCUUCCAGUCGUUGGAACCUGCAUGGCAGAUUGCGUUCGGUGGGGACAGCGGUGCUUGGAUAACUUGGGAAUGGAGGCAUCACUUGCGGUCUUCGAUACAUCCGUAUAUCUUCGCGGCUGUUUAUUACGUUUCUAACCUGGUCUCUGGAUAUCUCUCGAUAUCGCCUCUACAUCGCGCAAACUUGCUCCUUGCCGCCCCAAAACUUACACAGGCACUGUUCGCCGCUGUGGGGGAUUUUUAUACGUGGAAGCUGGCCGGGAAGGUUUAUGGGAACAGCAGCUAUGAAGCCUGGGGUGCUCUCGCGUUGACUGUCCUAAGUCCUUGGCAGUGGUUCUGUUCGACGAGGACAUUAUCCAAUUGCCUUGAGACGAGUCUCACAGUUGUCGCAUUGUAUUUAUGGCCGUGGGGAUGGCCGUCGGAAUUAUCUUAUCCGCAAAGGGCGAGCUCCAGGAAUGACAGCACAAGAAACAAGCCGUCCACCCAGAGUUUGCGGCCAUGCCUCCUUCUUGCAGCUUUUGCUUGCGUUCUCCGCCCAACCAAUCUUUUGAUCUGGAUGUGUCUAGCAACCUUCGCGAUGUUUAAGAAGCCCGCAUCAUCCCGUCAAGCCUGGACGGUUUCCUUCAUUAGGCCUACUAUCAAGGAAUUUAUGACGUUUAGCUAUGAAGUUAUAUUUUCCGGAUCCAUUGUGCUCGGUAUAUCGACGCUUUUGGACCGUAUCUACUACGGUUCCUGGACAUUUCCUCCUUUUAAAUUUCUCUACUUUAACAUCGCCCAGUCACUCGCCAUAUUUUAUGGACGCAAUGACUGGCAUUACUACCUCUCUCAGGGCUACCCACUCCUCCUCAUGACUACUCUUCCUUUCUCCCUGAUAGGACUUUUCCAGGCGAUGUUCGCGAAGCAGAGAAGUCUCACUAGCCAACAGAAUUCCAUUAAGUGUCGACUUGCAGUUGUUUGCACAUUUAUGCCGGCCGUCCUUUCACUGGUCUCCCACAAAGAAGUUCGCUUCAUCUACCCGCUUCUUCCCGCCCUUAUAAUCCUUGCCUCUCAGCCUGCAGUGAAGUUCUUCCUUCCACCCAUCUCCUCUCGUUCCCGCUCAAACGGCUCCCGACGAUUCCUUUUGAUAUUUCUCUCUCUUGUAAACAUUUAUAUUGCGUACUAUACUACAUCCUCCCACGCAUCAGGUGUCCUCAACGUCAUGGACUAUUUCCGCACCCAAUAUGUCAGCCACUACCUAGGAGACACCCCACCCAGGUUGGGAUACCCUGCAGGUCUUUCUUCUUUUUCUUCUUCGUCUUCAUCCUCCGUGAUGCCCACAGUUAUGACAAUUGGCUUCCUUAUGCCUUGCCAUAGCACACCCUGGCGCUCCCACCUCAUCUUUCCGAGAAUCCACGCUUGGGCCCUAUCCUGCGAGCCACCGGUAAACCUCAACUCAACAGAAAAAUCCACUUACCUAGAUGAAGCAGACCUAUUCUACGAAGACCCAGCCACCUUCCUCCAAAAAAACAUGCAAGGUGAACUACGCCACUUCCCUUCAAAACCCGCCUACCAACUCAACAGCAAUCAACUUACCCACCAUCGCCCAUCAUCCAACACUUCCCAGGAUCCUACAAUGCCUCACCACCAUUUGUGGCCGGAUUACCUCGCCUUCUUUGCCCAACUCGAACCAACCCUCCGCACCUCCCUUCACAGCUCCCCAUACGCCGAAUGCUACCGCACCUGGAACACAGCCUGGCACGACGACUGGCGUCGCAAAGGCGACAUCGUCGUCUGGUGUCUAGAUCAGACUAUCCAGCGGGAAUGGCGCGAGCAUACUCAGCUGCUGAACCAGGCCGGCUGGCAGCGACACAUGCAGCAACGCGAGAGACAGUUCGAUAAGAUCAUUGAUGGAUUUCGGAAGGAGGCGGCGAGGGGAUCGUCGUUUUUCGGGACACUGUCGGGCAUAAAAAACCGUACUUUGCGGAGGACACAUGAUCAUAAGCCGUGA